AUGAUGCUGUCCAUUCUCUUGUCCAUUGGAACUUCAGCCUGCGCGAGUGCUGCUGUUGCCUUUUUCUUCCUUUACAACUUGGUCUUUGGCAUGACGUAUUCGCGCCGAGGGUGCUUCAAUCGCCACCGGCUUCGGUAUCUGGAUCUGGAACUUUUCGUCGCCAUGAUCACUCCCGUCAUUACCACUCAGAUUGGAUGGAAGUCUUACCUCAUCUUCACCUGUACUAAUUUCGCAUUCAUUCCUUUUCUUUACUUUUUCUAUCCUGAAACAUCCAACCUUACCUUGGAGGAGAUUGAUUAUCUCUUCACGUCGAGAGAGGAGGUCACUGAGCUUGGCCAAGGCCAGCAGACUUCGGAAAAGGUUGCCUCAAGCCAGCACGAUAGCACGGAAAGCAGCUAA